GUCCCUCUGUCUCUCUCUCUCUCAGGGGGAGGAGAUCUUCCUGGACAUGUUUGAAGAUGAGUACAGGAGCAUGACGAGUAAGCCCCUGAACGUGGAGUACCUCAUGAUGGACGCGUCCGUUCUACUUCCUCCUACUGGUACUCCUCUGACUGGAAUAGACUUCGUUAAGAGACUGCCCUGUGGAGGAGUAGAGAAGACCAGACGGGCCAUCCGUGUGUUCUUCAUGCUGAGAUCACUAUCUCUUCAGCUGCAGGGAGAACCAGAGACGCAGCUUCCUCUCACUCGCUCUGAAGACCUCAUCAAGACCGACGAUGUUCUGGACCUAAAUAACAGUGAUCUGAUAGCCUGUAUGGUGGUCAGUAAGGAAGGAGGUCAGGCUCAACGGUUCCUGGCGGUGGAUGUUUACCAGAUGAGUCUGGUUGAACCUGAAACUAAACGUUUGGGCUGGGGAGUGGUCAAGUUCGCUGGUCUGUUACAGGACAUGCAGGUGUCUGGGGUAGAGGAUGACAGCAGAGCUUUAAACAUUAUCAUCCACAAACCCUCGUCCAACCCCCACGCCAAGCCCCUCCCCAUCCUGCAGGCAAACUUCAUAUUCGCCGACCACAUCCGCUGCAUCAUCGCUAAGCAACGCCUGGCCAAGGGCAGGAUACAGGCCAGACGUAUGAAGACACAGAGGAUAGCAGCGUUACUAGACCUUCCUGUCCAGCCCAGUUCGUCAGAGGUUCUGGGCUUCGGCCAGACAGGAAACACUGCUGCCGGAGGUCAACUCCCUUUCCGCUUCUACGACCAAUCGCGUCGAGCGCCCAACGACCCCACCGCACAGAGAUCUGUGUUCGCCUCCGUUGACAAAGUUCCAGGGUUUGCGGUGGCCCACUGUGUCUCUCAGCACAGCCCGUCACCCCUCUCCUCCCCCUCCCCCCACCCUCCUCAGGCAGCACCGGACGAUGUGACUCUGUUACAGCCAGUACGAUAUCAGCCAACAGCCCUACAGAUGAGGAGACGUUCUUGGAGCACACCCCUCCUUCUUCGGUCUCCGGUGGAGAGGCAGGAGGAAGAGGAGGAGAGUUAACCGGGUCUUGUUCCCCUGUCCCGUCUGUCCUCGCCCCCAGCCUCACCCCUGCCUCCCAGCCUAACAUCUCUCUACUGACCGACGACAACACAGACUCUCUGAGCGUCGAGUCACUGACCCUGCUGCCCCGGCUGACCACCUGCACGCACUCGGCUCACACACACACCUCGGCACUGAUACGGCUAUCAGAGAGGAGGAGGAGGAGGAGGAGGAGGAGGGGCUAGAGAAGAGAGAAGGGGAGGAGCCAAAGGAGGAAGUGGAAGGGUCGGCGAUGGAGGAAGAGGAGGAGGAGACUGAAACCGAAACAACAAUUCAAGAGACAGCUGAAGCAGAGAUGGGAACGCCCACUGAGCAAGACACGCCCCUUUCUUCUGAGGGAGACACACCCCUUUCUUCUGAGGGAGACACACCCCUUUCAGCUGCAUCAGAAGGGGAGGAGACUGGUCAGGACACACCCACGGGAGAGGAAAACACACCUGCGAAAGAGGACACGCCCACAGAAACACCCUGAUUAAAGAGGACACACCCACAGAAACACCCUGAUUAAAGAGGACACGCCCACAGAAACACCCUGAUUAAAGAGGACACGCCCACAGAAACACCCUGAUUAAAGAGGACACGCCCACAGAAACACCCUGAUUAGAGGACACACCCACAGAAACACCCUGAUUAGAGGACACACCCACAGAAACACCCUGAUUAAAGAGGACACACCCACAGAAACACCCUGAUUAAAGAGGACACACCCACA